CUGCAUCUUGUCUCUGACCCUGCAAAAGGCAGGGAGGGGGCCAGAGGGCAGAAGGGGUGUGCGAGGGGUGCAGGGGGACGUGGUCGGCACAGGGCUGCCGGGCUCAGCCCAGGCGGAGGUCCGGCCUGCUCUCCCUGCCCCUCUCUCCUCUCCUGCGCUUGCCCCAAAAUAGCUCCCGGAGCACCCAGGCCAAGACCCUCCCCCGGAGGGAGGAGGCGGGGCAAGCUGCCCAGAGCCGGGCUUUAAAUCGCCGGCCGGCCGGGGAUCUCCACUCCCUGGCUGGAGGCACCGCUCAGGCCCCCGUCCCCACCGUCCGUCCGUCCGUCCUUCCUUCCGUCCGGCCCGCCCUCCCGCAGCCAUGUCCCGGCCCCUGACGGACCAGGAGAAGAGAAAGCAGAUCAGCGUGCGCGGCCUGGCCGGCGUGGAGAAUGUGGCCGAGCUGAAGAAGAACUUCAACCGGCACCUGCACUUCACCCUCGUGAAGGACCGCAACGUGGCCAACGCCCGCGACUACUACUUCGCGCUCGCCUACACUGUGCGCGACCACCUCGUGGGCCGCUGGAUCCGCACGCAGCAGCACUACUAUGAGAAGGACCCCAAGAGGAUCUAUUACCUGUCUCUGGAAUUCUACAUGGGCCGGACGCUGCAAAACACCAUGGUGAACCUGGCCUUGGAAAAUGCCUGUGAUGAGGCCACCUACCAGCUGGGCUUGGACAUGGAAGAGCUGGAGGAAAUGGAGGAGGAUGCCGGGCUCGGCAAUGGGGGCCUGGGCCGGCUGGCAGCCUGCUUUCUGGACUCCAUGGCAACACUGGGCCUGGCUGCCUAUGGCUACGGGAUCCGCUAUGAGUUUGGGAUUUUUAACCAGAAGAUCACUGGGGGUUGGCAGAUGGAGGAGGCUGAUGACUGGCUUCGCUAUGGCAACGCCUGGGAGAAGGCGCGACCCGAAUUCACGCUGCCUGUGCACUUCUAUGGCCGAGUGGAGCACACCAACCAGGGGGCCAAGUGGGUGGACACACAGGUGGUGUUGGCCAUGCCCUACGACACACCCGUGCCUGGCUACCGCAACAACGUCGUCAAUACCAUGCGCCUGUGGUCUGCCAAGGCCCCCAAUGACUUCAACCUCAAAGACUUCAACGUCGGUGGCUACAUCCAGGCUGUGCUGGACCGCAACCUGGCUGAGAACAUUUCUCGGGUCCUGUACCCCAAUGACAAUUUCUUUGAAGGGAAGGAGCUACGGUUGAAGCAGGAGUACUUCGUGGUGGCGGCCACGCUCCAGGACAUCAUCCGCCGCUUCAAGUCCUCCAAGUUUGGCUGCCGUGACCCCGUGCGCACGAGCUUCGACGCCUUCCCGGAUAAGGUGGCCAUCCAGCUCAAUGACACCCACCCUUCUUUGGCCAUCCCUGAGCUGAUGAGGAUUCUGGUGGAUGAGGAGCGGCUGGAGUGGGAGAAGGCAUGGGACGUGACCGUGAGAACCUGUGCCUAUACCAACCACACGGUGCUGCCAGAGGCCCUGGAGCGCUGGCCUGUGCACCUCAUGGAGACCCUGCUGCCCCGGCACCUCCAGAUAAUCUAUGAGAUCAACCAGCGCUUCCUUAAUCGCGUGGCGGCCGCGUACCCUGGGGAUGUAGACCGGCUGCGGCGCAUGUCUCUGGUGGAGGAGGGCGCCGUGAAGCGCAUCAACAUGGCACACCUGUGCAUCGCCGGCUCGCACGCCGUCAACGGCGUGGCUCGCAUCCACUCCGAGAUCCUCAAGAAGACCAUCUUCAAGGACUUCUACGAGCUGGAGCCUCAUAAGUUCCAGAAUAAGACCAACGGCAUCACCCCUCGGCGCUGGCUAGUUAUGUGUAACCCUGGGCUGGCGGAGGUCAUUGCUGAGCGCAUAGGGGAGGAGUACAUCGCAGACCUGGACCAGCUGCGCAAACUGCUCUCCUACGUGGACGACGAAGCCUUUAUCCGGGACGUGGCCAAAGUGAAGCAGGAAAACAAGUUAAAGUUCUCUGCGUAUCUAGAGAGGGAGUACAAAGUCCACAUCAACCCCAACUCGCUCUUCGACAUCCAGGUGAAGCGGAUUCACGAAUAUAAACGCCAGCUCCUCAACUGCCUCCACGUCAUCACACUGUACAACCGCAUCAAGAAGGAACCCAAUAAGUUUGUCGUGCCUCGAACGGUGAUGAUUGGAGGGAAGGCUGCCCCUGGGUACCACAUGGCCAAGAUGAUCAUCAAACUCAUUACAGCCAUUGGGGAUGUGGUCAACCACGAUCCCGUGGUGGGAGACCGCCUCCGCGUGAUCUUCCUGGAGAACUACCGGGUCUCGCUGGCCGAGAAAGUGAUCCCGGCCGCUGACCUCUCGGAGCAGAUCUCUACUGCGGGUACCGAGGCCUCGGGCACGGGCAACAUGAAGUUCAUGCUCAAUGGGGCCCUGACCAUUGGCACCAUGGAUGGGGCCAACGUGGAGAUGGCGGAAGAGGCAGGGGAGGAGAACUUCUUUAUCUUUGGCAUGCGGGUGGAGGACGUGGAACGGCUUGACCAGAAAGGGUACAACGCCCAGGAGUAUUAUGACCGAAUUCCUGAGCUUCGGCACAUCAUCGAUCAGCUGAGCAGUGGCUUCUUCUCCCCGAAACAACCUGACCUGUUCAAGGACAUUGUCAACAUGCUCAUGCACCAUGACCGGUUUAAAGUCUUCGCGGACUAUGAAGACUACAUUAAGUGCCAGGAGAGAGUCAGUGCCCUGUACAAGAACCCGAGAGAGUGGACGCGGAUGGUGAUCCGGAACAUAGCCACCUCUGGCAAGUUCUCCAGCGACCGCACCAUUGCCCAGUAUGCCAGGGAGAUCUGGGGCGUGGAGCCUUCCCGCCAGCGCCUGCCGGCCCCGGAUGAGAAGAUCUGAGCCUCUAGACCAGACCCAAACCUGCCCCUGAGUCUGUUCGCAAUCCCUCAGGCCUGCGCCAGCUCCUCAUCCAGAGGCUGGGGUACUGCAGUUAGACCUAAACCUCUUCCUGGAACCCCCAUUUUCCCCAGCCUCCAGAUCCCAGUGUUCAGCGAGACGAAGGACACCGCUCCCAUCCUGUCCUCAGGCUCCCUGCCCCUUCCUAUUUAUGGGUCCGACCAGCUGCACCCACUCCCCAAUAAACUGAUUCUCCUUGGGAGCCUCCUC